GGCAAGUCCAAAGCGGGAGAAUUUUCCUAUGCGGGCGGGUAAAUCUGAUUCGUGGAAACGACCAAAUACAUGGUAUCCAUAGAUUUUCAUUACUUUUAAAGUGCAAAGGGAACCCUCGAUCUCUCAAGGAUCCCGAAACCCGAGCGAAUUCGUAGCCGCCAUGCCGAAGAUGUCGAAUUCCAAUGACGCUUUCUCGUCCGAGGAGGAUGAAGAGCUCGUUAAGAACAAUAAAGAAGAAGAAGAAGACGAGGAUGAGCUUGAGGCUGUCGCUCGUUCCUCUGACUCCGACGAGGAGCCCGUACCCGACGAAUCCCCAGUCUCUGACGAAGAGGCCGCCCCUAUAGAAGAUGAUUACGAGGACGAAGAAGACGAAGAGAAACUUGAGAUCAGCAAACGUGAGAAAGCCAGACUUAAGGAGAUGCAGAAGUUGAAGAAGCAGAAGAUUCAGGAAAUGCUUGAAUCACAGAAUGCUUCCAUAGAUGCGGAUAUGAACAAUAAGGGAAAAGGGAGACUCAAGUAUCUUCUGCAGCAAACCGAGUUAUUUGCACACUUUGCUAAAGGUGAUCCAUCUUCGUCUCAGAAGAAAGCGAAAGGAAGGGGUCGUCAUGCUUCCAAAGUAACUGAAGAGGAGGAAGAUGAGGAGUACUUGAAGGAAGAAGAGGAUGGCUUAACUGGAUCUGGAAACACGAGGUUGCUCACACAGCCCUCUUGUAUUCAAGGGAAGUUAAGAGAUUACCAAUUAGCUGGUUUAAACUGGCUUAUUCGGCUGUAUGAGAAUGGCAUCAAUGGAAUUCUUGCUGAUGAAAUGGGUCUGGGGAAGACGCUUCAAACGAUUUCUUUGCUUGCUUACCUUCAUGAAUACAGAGGAAUCAAUGGUCCUCAUAUGGUAGUUGCUCCAAAAUCAACCCUUGGUAAUUGGAUGAACGAAAUUCGCCGGUUUUGUCCUGUAUUGCGUGCUGUGAAAUUCCUUGGUAAUCCUGAGGAAAGGAGACAUAUUCGUGAUGACCUGCUAGUUGCUGGGAAAUUUGAUAUUUGCGUCACAAGCUUUGAGAUGGCCAUCAAAGAGAAAACAGCAUUGCGCCGCUUUAGCUGGCGUUAUAUUAUCAUUGAUGAAGCGCAUCGAAUCAAGAACGAAAAUUCACUCCUUUCGAAAACCAUGAGAAUUUUUAGCACCAAUUAUCGGCUUCUUAUCACGGGAACUCCCCUUCAGAAUAAUCUCCAUGAACUGUGGGCUCUUCUCAAUUUCCUUCUGCCUGAGAUUUUUAGCUCAGCAGAGACUUUCGAUGAAUGGUUUCAAAUUUCUGGUGAGAAUGACCAGCAGGAAGUUGUUCAACAACUUCACAAGGUUCUUCGUCCAUUUCUUCUUAGGAGACUUAAAUCAGAUGUUGAGAAAGGUUUGCCACCAAAGAAGGAGACAAUACUCAAAGUUGGCAUGUCUCAGAUGCAAAAACAAUAUUACAAGGCUUUACUGCAGAAGGAUCUUGAAGCGGUUAAUGCUGGUGGAGAACGCAAACGUCUACUAAACAUUGCAAUGCAACUGCGUAAAUGCUGUAAUCACCCUUAUCUCUUCCAGGGUGCGGAGCCUGGUCCCCCAUAUACCACAGGAGAUCACCUUAUAACUAAUGCUGGUAAGAUGGUUCUCUUGGAUAAAUUGCUUCCUAAGUUGAAGGAACGUGAUUCGAGGGUUCUGAUAUUUUCUCAGAUGACGAGACUUUUGGAUAUUCUUGAGGAUUAUUUAAUGUAUCGUGGGUAUCUAUAUUGUCGUAUUGAUGGAAAUACUGGUGGUGAUGAACGAGACGCCUCCAUAGAAGCCUACAACAAGCCAGGAAGCGAGAAAUUUGUUUUCUUGUUAUCUACUAGAGCAGGAGGGCUUGGUAUCAAUCUUGCUACUGCAGAUGUUUCUGCUAUAGAGGAGAAAGUGAUUGAGAGAGCUUACAAAAAGUUGGCGCUUGAUGCUCUAGUUAUUCAACAAGGACGAUUGGCAGAGCAGAAAACUGUCAAUAAGGAUGAGCUGCUUCAAAUGGUAAGAUAUGGUGCUGAGAUGGUGUUCAGUUCGAAAGAUAGCACAAUCACAGACGAGGAUAUUGAUAGAAUCAUUGCGAAAGGAGAGGAGGCAACAGCUGAACUUGAUGCCAAAAUGAAGAAAUUCACAGAAGAUGCUAUACAGUUUAAAAUGGAUGACAGUGCUGACUUUUAUGAUUUUGAUGAUGACAAUAAGGAUGAGAACAAGCUUGAUUUUAAAAAGAUUGUUAGCGACAACUGGAAUGAUCCACCAAAGCGGGAGAGGAAGCGCAACUACUCUGAAGCUGAUUAUUUUAAGCAAACAUUGCGUCAAGGAGCUCCAGCUAAACCUAAAGAGCCUAGAAUUCCGCGGAUGCCCCAGUUGCAGGAUUUCCAGUUCUUUAACAUUCAGAGAUUAACCGAGUUGUUUGAAAAGGAAGUACGCUGUCUUGUGCAAAAAAAUCAGAAAAAUCAGCAGAAAGACACAAUUGAUGUAGAAGAACCAGAAGAUGGUGGAGAUCCCUUAACUGCUGAAGAAGUAGAAGAAAAGGAGGCUUUGUUGGAGGAGGGUUUCUCAACAUGGAGCAGAAGAGACUUCAAUAGUUUCCUCAGGGCUUGUGAGAAGUAUGGCCGCAACGACAUCAAAAGCAUUGCCUCUGAGAUGGAAGGUAAAACAGCGGAAGAAGUUGAAAGAUAUGCCAAAGCAUUCAAAGAGCGAUACAAGGAGCUGAACGAUUACGACAGGAUUAUUAAGAACAUUGAGAAGGGAGAGGCAAGAAUCUCUAGGAAGGAUGAAAUCAUGAAAGCCAUAGGAAAGAAACUGGAUCGCUACAGAAACCCUUGGCUGGAACUUAAGAUUCAGUACGGUCAGAACAAAGGGAAGCUGUACAAUGAAGAGUGCGACCGUUUCAUGAUCUGCAUGAUCCACAAGUUGGGCUAUGGGAACUGGGAGGAGCUGAAGGCGGCGUUCAGGACGUCGCCUUUGUUCAGGUUUGACUGGUUCGUGAAAUCACGCACCAGUCAGGAACUCGCGAGACGAUGCGACACUCUAAUUCGUCUCAUCGAAAAGGAGAACCAGGAGCUUGACGAGAGAGAGAGGCAAGCUCGUAAAGACAAGAAGCUCGCAAAGAAUGCAACCCCAUCAAAGCGGUCCUUAGGAAGGCAACCAAGUGAGAGUCCUUCAUCACUGAAGAAGCGAAAGCAUCUGAGAUGAUUUAUCUGAAGCUCAUUUUCAUAUGUAUAUCAGUUUGCUUAGUUUUUGUUGUUAAAUAUUUAUGUAAGCGAAUCUUAAAAGUUAACUUCAAUCUGGUUUGGUGAAUGUUGUCCUAGUUGACUUGGAGAUAAAAUGUUAUGAAUGUUGUUUUAUCGAAAACAAUAUUUCUUUACAUUAAUUUGCGUUUUCUUUUGUCAACAUUUGCUGAAUCUUUUUUGGAAAGAAGAUGCAUAGCGUUUUUUGGUG